GCCUUGUUAUCCAUAAACCAAGCCAAGCCUCUUAAGAAGCCCUGUCUUUCAAGAUUCCAUGGCUGAAUUCACAGCAGAUUUGCAGAGCUUUAGAGUCUCAUUUCCUGUGUCAGAUAUUGAUCCAAACAUGGAGAUAGCAAACCAAUAUGCAGGACUAAACCCAAGUGUGCUGACCACUUCAGACAUGGAUUUCCAAUGCUUAAUGCCUUUCUCCAGUGAUAAUUUCUUUAGCCAUCAUCAAGCACCAGAAUUCACUGGAAACUUGGCUGAAAAUUUUCCUUGGACUCUCCAUCAUUUGAAUCAGAAUGAGGUGCCUGUUGCUCAGCCUAUGAAUGUUUCAGCUGGAAAUGAACUCCAUGACAGUAAGAAGAGAAAAGCAAUGGACAAGCCAGACAGCAGCUCUGGCACCUCAAGUCCCCAAGUUUCUGAAACUGGAAUCAAGAGGAAAAACAGUUCAGGAAGAGGGAAGAGAGUGAAAAGCAACGAGAAGGAAGAAGAGAAACCAAAGGAAGUGGUUCAUGUUAGAGCUAGAAGAGGCCAAGCUACUGAUAGUCACAGCUUAGCGGAAAGGGUUAGAAGGGGAAGGAUCAAUGAAAGACUCAGAUGCUUGCAAGACAUUGUCCCUGGAUGCUAUAAGAGCAUGGGAAUGGCAGUGAUGCUGGAUGAGAUAAUUAAUUAUGUCCAAUCCUUACAAAAUCAGGUCGAGUUCCUUUCCAUGAAGCUUACUGCAGCAAGUUCAUUUUAUGACUUCAACUCAGACAGAGAUGCUUUAGAAACAAUGCAGAGAGCCAAGGCAUAUGAGGCAAAAGAGUUGGAGAGACUGAUGAAAGAAGGGUAUGGAGGAGUCACUUGCUUCCACUCAACCUGGUCCCUUUGACUUCACUUUUGGAAGUCACUCACUUCCAUACAUGAUACAACAUGAAGAAGCUUCGUUUCACAAUAUUUCCAAUUUGAAAAAAGUUAUAUAUUUGUCACCACUUCAUGCUAUACAAGCACAAGUGGAUAUUCAUACCUGUACAAGUCCUAACAUGUUGGGAAAUUCAAUUCAGAUUAAUAAAAAAAAGGCUCUUAACUUUUA